AGUGUCAUUAUGUGGCUGUGGCAAAAUAUGGGUAAUGUAAAAAUCAACUAGCAAUCAGCAAACAGUUACAUGUAUCGUACGAUGUGUAAUUUUAUCUUUGUGACUAAAUUCACUCUGCCCAGCUACUUUAUUUAAAUCGCUGUGAAGUUAGCCAUAUUUUCUUGCAUAAUUUAUGGACGUGAUAGUGGCAUAACUAAAGUGUAUAUAGGUGAAGUAUAUUCGACUUCGUGUUUGCUGCAGUCUUCAGCGAAGACCACUUUGACAAUGUGGGGCCUAUUCUUCUCCCUUCUGAGUUGGGUGGGGCUCAGCCCUGUCCCAUUGUUUGCCGACUUGAUCGGGACAACAGAGCCAGCUCUCAAACUGCUCCUGUCAAUCUUUAUGGGCUAUCCUCUGGCGAUAGUAUACCAUCAAUAUGUCAAACAACAUAAAGAGUUACGGAACUUAUACUUCAUUGUGACAGGCCUUGACAUAGCUAUUUACAACUUUGGGAUAUCACUGUACCAUAACCUUAUCCCAACGCUGGGUAUAUAUUUAACCACAAUGAUAUUGGGCCCAGGCAAGAUAAAUGUUAUUGUAACAUUUGUGUUCAACGUAGCUUAUCUUAUGGCUGGAUAUAUUUGGACAGAAUCUGAAGAUUAUGACAUUACAUGGACGAUGCCUCACUGCGUGUUGACUCUGAAGCUAAUAGCUUUGUCAUUUGACAUGUGGGACUACCAAAGAAUGAAAGCAGGAGAGCAACUAUCUGCUACCAAUCAAAAGACUGCAGUUGAGAAACCACCCACAUUAGUAGAGCUGCUUGGAUUUGUAUAUUUUCCCUCCUGUUUCCUGGUGGGUCCUCAGUUUUCUUUCAAACGCUACACUGACUUUGUUUACGGAAAAUUCCCACUGGAACAGUAUGCUGGUCUAUAUGAAAAGGAAUCUCUCAAGAGACUUCUGCAAGGCAUACUUUAUUUGGUAGCAUUCCAACUAGGAGUGAGUGUAUUCAGCAUGAAGUACAUGCAAUCGGACGAGUUCUGGGAGCGGUCCAUCUUCUACCGCCACCUGUACUGCGGGCUGUGGGCGCACUUCGCCCUCUACAAGUACAUCUCCUGCUGGCUGCUCACUGAAGCGUCAUGCAUCCGGUUCGGGCUGUCGUACAACGGCGUGGCGCCGGCGCCGGCGGGCGGCGCGCCGACGCCGCGCUGGGACGGCUGCAGCAACAUCAAGCUGCUGCGCUUCGAGUUCGCCACCAAGUUCCAGCACUACAUCGACAGCUUCAACUGCAACACCAAUCACUUCGCCGCCGAGUACAUAUACAAGCGACUCAAGUUCCUCGGCAACAGGAACGCUAGCCAGUUCUUCACACUGCUCUUCUUAGCGCUCUGGCACGGAACCGGAUCCGGCUAUUAUAUGACCUUCUUCAACGAAUUCAUUAUCAUAUUCAUGGAGAAAGGUUUAGAAUCUAUUUUGAUGAAACACGAGUUUUAUCACACCAUGUGGUCUAACAAUAUCGUGCAGUACGUUUUGUACGCCGUACUGAAACUGUACACCAUAGUGUUUAUGGGCUGGAGUUUGGUUCCGUUCGACCUCAAAUCGUUCUCCAAGUGGUGGAACAUCUACUCGAGUCUGUAUUUUUCAGGAUUUUUCCUGUUUUUACCUUGGCCAUUUGUGUACAAGCCGCUCCUUAUUAGUGGAAUCAAAUACUUCAAGUUAAAAGUGAAGACUCAAUGAAGUAAGGGUAACUAGGACUAAUAAGUGGUUCAAAGUUAAAGAUUGGAUGGAAUACAAGUGACGACUAUAAAUAUAGACUACUAUGAGUAGAUCUAAUAGUAAAGGAGUGUUCUCGUAGAGCAUGUAUUAUUCAGACUAAUGUUAAGUAGAUCAUUAGUUGACUAAUCUGGUUACUCUAUAAUUCAAACUUUUCGAACUAUGGUCUAUUGUAAGUGAUUCAAAUAAUGUACAUAUAAUACUAAAAUCAAGAUAUUCCGCCAUUCAGUUAAAAUAUACUGAUAUGCUUACAAACAAAUCCUUGCAAAUUAAAUGGCAUAUGUUUAUCAGCGUAAUUAUUCUUACGCUUUAAAAUAAAUGAAUGAACCAUAACCACUUUAAAUAUCUAAAAGAACAAACAGUAGAAACAAGUUUAGUUCAAUCCAAUCUACUUUAGUACCUAGAUAUAGAAAUGUGAUAAAGAAGGUUUUGUGCUUAUGCGGGUUCCCGAAGUAGAUAGGUAGAUACGUAGUUAAAUUAUUAAAUACUUACACAGGUGUAACUCUUAGGAAAAUCUAGUUCGCUUUCUUUACUAUAAUAGCUACCUCGUACCUGUCCUGUUUCUGUCUGCCUUUAACUCAUUCGUAGUUUCAGUAUUAAACGAGCGUUCAAAGUUAUAAAAUACUGUAACGUUCCAUUUUUAUCUGUUACAAAGUCUAUCAAACCAAAUAUUAUAAUAUUGUUCAACAAUACUAGAUUAAAACCUAUGUAAGGCUGUGAUUUGAAGCAUAAAGCACAAAGUUCAAAAUAUCCACUGCUUCAUGUGUAUAUCAGUAACUUAUAGUACCUAUAGAGAUGUCUAAAUUCUACAUUAAGUACUGCAACCGGCAUAAAAUGUAUGCUUGUCUUUUC